GCAACCGACACGUGAAUACAUCAAGUUUAGUAAAUGAUGUUGGCCUCCAUUGGCUCAAUGCAGACGCACAUCCUGCAGAACUGCAAUGCCCCCCUGCCCUGAUGUGAUCAAACAUCCGAUUGUGAAGGAGUGUUGAUGUUCAGGAAGCAGCUGUCGUCGAAUUAUCAGACGGCGCUUUACCUCGAUCGUCCCCUCCCGACAGUCCAGCCCAACGUUUAUUUCCUUAUGUCGCUUGCUUGUGGUUGCGAACUAUCGACGUAAGCUGGUCUGCGGAACGUGCAAGCGGAGUUGGUAUCAGUCAGACGUGUGUGAAGGAUACUUAGAACGACAAAGAUCGGAACGUGGGGCUGGAUUACUGCAGAAGGCCGAGCAGUAGACAGUUAGGUUGGUUUUUGCGGUGUUGGUACGUUCUAUGGUAGUAGGAGGGUGGAACAUGGAGAUGUUUUCAUCAAAGUUGGCUUUAAAUCGGGAGAUUUUGUAGUCGUAGGUUGAAAGAUCAGUUUUGGUGGCUUUUUUACAGGCGGAGGAGUGAAGUUGAGGAUGGGGAGGUUUGGAUUAGACCAGGAUAGAAUAUUUUUACGCAGCUAGAUGUUUUAGAAAGCUGUUGCUCAGAAACUACACCUUGGGAAUGUGGACCGGUGUUGAUAUCAGGGUUUGGCACAGGUUCAGCGAGAAGGUAUCGAUUAAAUCAAAUCAUUCAUGCACAGGAAUCAGCUUCAUCUUCUGUAGGGAAAAAAGCAACUUGAUGUAUAGGUCAUGUGCACGACUGAAUCUUAAAUUCUUACCGGCGCGGACGAUAAUGAUUUAGACCGUGUUUUUGGAACUGGCACCGUUGUUGUGAGGCACACUCGGAGGUAAUGUUUCUUCAGCAGGUUUUUUAAAAGAAUUGGGUUCAGGUCGUGAGCGUUUUCCCCUUUUUCGACUCUAUGUCGUGGAAGCGCUGGCGACAGCAACAUGGUUCAGUUCUUCUACUGGACGAUCGAUGAUGUCAUUCUACUAAACACGUUAGGUCAACCUUCAAUAUGAUGCGGAUGGCUGAUGCCGAAGACGGAAAGAUAAUGGAGCGUACUAUCAGUGAGAGAUGGAAUUCUCGGAAAGCAUUGCUCCCCUCAUGGCACAAAACGUCGGGCAGUUGCGGAGGCUCUUGCAUGAGGAACAAGCCUUUGCGUGUAUUGUGCGUGGUGCUUGGGUGGAUCCUUGCUUGUGGCGUCGGAACCAUACUGUGGAAGAGCUCUUUGGAUUCCAUGCAUAAAGAGUUCUAUCUCAAAUGUGAAAAUCGGAAGGAGAUACUGAAGUCCGAGGUGGAGAACAAUCUGAACGCUUCCUUUGUAAGCAUAGGUCUGGUGGCGAGUCUGCCAGAUCUCGACGACACCGUAUGGCGCAAAUUCACUCAUCAAACCCUGUUUCUCCGUCCCAACGUAAAGAGAUUACUGUACAUGGAACGAGUGUUGAACAAAGACCGUGCCGCUUUUGAGAAGAAAUGGAACGGGACCAUCGGCUACUUAGUCGGCAAUGUUGUUCAUCCGAGGGGUAACGACUCAGAAUACUCGCCAAUCAUCCACGAAAAGAGUGACUUGCAACAUGCUCUUGUGGACCCUGCACACUAUCCUGUAUUUGCGUCAGCUAUCCAUGCCGCAAGAGAUACGGGUCUGUUCACUCUCUGGUUAGCAACCGGAGACCCUUCCUCAUGGCAAAUGGGAGCUUAUCUUGCGUACUACGGGCCGGGUAAGGAAGGAUCCUCAUUUGCUACCAUUGAAGAGCGGAGGGCUGCUUGUCUUGGAUACGUGGGGACUGUGCUGAACGUUUCGGAAAUAUUUGCACGCCUUCUUUCGAGGUUCAUAGACGAUGUGGACAUGGACGUGGUAUUUGUCUACCUUGUGGAUCCACAGGCGACACUCUUUUACAAUUGCAGCAAUACAGCGGUUCCUUGUGUAGUGGCUCUCUAUGAUCCGGCAAGAAGGAGCAGAGACGGCAAGCCUGUGGCUUCUGUGAAUUGGGAUUAUGGCACACUGAUGUUUCAGUUGCGUUGUCUGCCCAAGCACAACUCGAAGUUGAUAGCUCUCCGGAAUAUCAUAGCAUGGCCCCUCCUUAUGUCUGUGGUGGUCCUAUUUUUCUCCAUCAUCGUUUUCCUUGUGCUAAGAAGAAUGCAAGCCAUCGAGAAAGAUGUGAGCAUUAUAGAGAAAAUGAAUGUCGACCUCAAGGCUGCCAAAGUGGCUGCUGAAGCUGCCGAUAAAGCAAAAUCAAGCUUUUUGGCAACAGUAUCUCACGAAAUCAGGACUCCUAUGAAUGGAGUAAUUGGAAUGACUAAUUUGCUAAUGGGAACGGAUUUGAGUUCUCAACAACUCGAUUAUGUCAAAGUUGCUCAAUCAAGUGGAAAUGCGCUCAUUGCGCUCAUCAACGACGUUCUGGACUUGUCUAAGAUUGAGGCUGGAAAGAUGGAACUGGAAUCUGUUUCUUUCAACCUCCGUAAGGAAGUCGAUAGUGUCUUUACUCUUUUUGACGAGAAACUUCAACAAAAAAAGCUCGAGGUGUUCAUGCUCGUCCACGAGGCUGUGCCAACUUGCGUAACGGGUGACCCUGGCCGAUUCCGUCAGAUUCUGGUGAAUCUUGUCAGUAAUGCCUUGAAGUUUACUAAGGAGGGCAGUAUUCUGGUUUCUGUUCGCGUGAUGGACCCUCAUUCGGAAGCUGAUGAUCAAGACUACCCGUCUUCUGAUUCAGUUUACAUACUAGAUCCAGCUCAAAAAGCGUCCGGAUCCAUACAGAUGUCCCAGAUGGUACCUAACGCGAGCCCUAAGAAGAGCUAUAAUUACCCACAAAUCGAAGGCGUGAAAAGAGAUGAGUCAGAUUUGGCAAGGGGUAAUACUGCUCCAAGGCUAAGUAUGCAUCCUGGAGACGAGGCAAACACCAGAGAAGCCGUGGCAGCGUGGAGGGCGUGGAAAUUGACAACGAUUUCAGGCAGAAAUGCAUGCAAGCCGCCAAAGAAUUUCACAGUGAUAGUUUCUGUUGAAGACACAGGUAUAGGAAUCCCACUUCACUUGCAGAAUCGUUUGUUCCAACCCUUUUCGCAAGCUGAUAGCAGCACCUCAAGGGAAUAUGGCGGUACUGGCAUUGGCUUGUCUAUAUGUCAGAAAUUAGUGAAGCUCAUGAAUGGGGCUCUAACCGUAAAGAGCAAGCCGGGAGAAGGCAGUGUGUUUGAAUUUACUCUUCCUUUAUCUGUUCCGGAGGAAUCUGGUGAUAAGCUGAGUUGUUGCGUUAAGGCCUCCCCAGAAGAUAAAACGAAGCUUAGAGGAAUGCAUGUGGCUCUUGUUGAUAGCAACAUCGUCCGACAGGAAGUUACAGCUAGCUAUCUGCGGUGUCUAGGCAUUUGCAUUGAUUCGUUUACAGAGGACGUGCCAACUACCUUACAAUUUUUACAGAGGGAGGAAAAAACGAAGGUACAUGCAGUCGUUGUUGAUCUAAAAGGAUUACCUCACGAAGACAUUCUGGAGUUGACCCGUUCAAUACGCAACAUACCUAGUUUGAAGGCCCUCCCUAUGCUGGCUCUCUCGAUGGGCCUAACGCCUACAGGGGAGAUCGAACUUAAGGAAACUGGGAUUUCUCACAUUAUCAGAAAGCCACUUCGGUAUACAACCCUUGCUGCCGUUUUGUUAGAAACGAUUGGAAUACCAGCUAGGGCCCCCAUGAAGAAAAUCAAUUUGAAUGCCAUUAUGCUGAGUGGCAGAAGGCUUUUGGUGGUGGAUGACAACAUGGUCAACAGAAGAGUAGCAUCUUCAAUGCUUACACGAUAUGGUGCAAUAGUCUCGACUGUGAAUGGCGGCGUGGAAGCUGUGAAUGCUGUUAAGAACCAGAAAAUAGGGAAGGAAUUCGAUUUAGUAUUGAUGGAUAUUCAGAUGCCAGAGAUGGACGGGUGGGAAGCUACGCGUCGGAUACGACGAUGGGAACUGGAUUGUUGCAAGUUAUGUUUGAACACUUGCGAGGACUUCUGCCCUCAUCAUCGGCUCCCUGUUGUUGCUGUGACUGCGGAUGUUGUCGUGCAAACUCGUUCGAUGUGCUUCGCCGCAGGGAUGGACGACUACAUAACGAAGCCACUGGAUCAGAAACAACUGCACGCUUUGCUGGACCGAUUCCUGAAGCAAGACUUAGUGAAUGCACCUCUGGCAACCAAAACUGGACCAGUUUGCGCUACGCCAGUCUGUACCACGCCGAAUUGUUGUCAAUGAGACUGUUUAUUUGACGUAUUCCCUUGUGGGUUCAUCGAGAUUGACCGAUGGUUUAGUAAAACCACUGGUUCCAAGGUUUGGUGAUUCACAUCUGGUGAAGUGUUAGGGAAUCUGGUGUUACUUGUAAUGUUUGUCUCUAACCUGGACUUCCAAUGUACAGUGAUGCACUAAGCCUUGAAGCAUUGUUGAAGAGUUUUGUACAGUGGUGGAUAUCGCUAGAGGUAGCCGAAUUCAUUGCCAGUGGUUGACGUUUGCAAGAUCACAGCUCACUCUUGUAACAAAACACAGGAGUUCUGUUUUCGAAUGUUCAAGCUACUGAUGUAAACGAAGAGGAUGUUCUUUUUGAUACAAUCGACAUUCUUUGUAAGCUGAAAUUUAGUCAAUUUUAGUUAAAAAGAGAUUGGAACUGAAACAGCAAUUAUAUAGCAGAUCAAGCUGUAGAUUAGCAAUUUAGUGUAUCCACUAUUGGUUAAGGCACCUCGGAUAUGGCUUGGGAAAAAAUUUCUGUUAAAACCAUGGUAUGAGUUUCAGUUGCAAGUUAGUUGUUAAGGUAACUGUUGAUUUUUCUUUGACCAUA